CAGGGGGUUGCUCCCGAUGGGAAGCAGCACAUUGCUCCCAGGCAGGGCUGGUGGAGGCAGCAGCUUGGUCUUGCUCCAGUGGGUUGUCCAGCGAGUGAUUCCCGUUUCCCCUCAGGCUGCCUCUCAUUAGCAUGAAUCGGGGGAAGGGCAUAAAGGACUCCAGUUCAUUUUGAGUCUGGAAAAACUUCACUUCAAAAUGACAACCCAAGUGUUCUGGCUCCUCUGCUUUGUCAUUAGAUCAUCUUCUGGAUCCCUGCCCUAUGCCGAGAAACCCGGCCAGGCUCUCAGCAAAGCUGUUCCCAGUUCAGCAGGCGCUGCCGCUGUUGAGGCGAAGGUGCCAGCUCGGGGCAGGGGCAGCGCCAGCGGCAGUGCCAGGGAAGGCCGGCUCCUGGCACUGCCUCCCGGGCACCCGCCGCAGCCGAGGCCCCCCGCAAUCCCCUCGCUCACCUCCCACAAGAAGAAACGCGCGGAGCCUUCCCUGGAGAACAGCACGGGGCUGAGGAAGCUCCGGCAGCCCGGGGGGGUCCUGGCCCAGGGCAGCCCGGCCCGGGGGGCUUCUCCCAGCGCGCUGGACUCGGGCCAGGCCAACAGGAAGCACACGGACCGGCGGCGGGCCGAGGCCGCCAACAGCGUGUGGGCCCGCGGCCUGCACCCCGCGCCUUCCCGCCCGAAGGCCACGUCCCUGCUGGAAGCUCGUCCUGUCCCAGACUCCGGAACGGCGGAGUCAAACGAUCCCAACGCGCUGCACGGCCUCAACCGACCGGGGAAGGCGAUCCCCUACAAACACCCCGAGCCCUUGGCGAGGAUCCCCAAACCCUCCUGGCUCACCAACCGCUGGUCGCCCGGCUCCGUGUACCUGGGUGUGCUGGGGAAAGAUGGUGACGAGGACAAGGUGUGUCUGACCCAAUGCAGGAAGGAGCGGGAUGAAGUGGAGGCUUUCUGUGCCAGCGAGUUUGCAGUGAAUGGAAUUGUUUAUAACCUGGAAAGCCUGGGGAACGGAGUCCAGUGCAUUACCCUCUUGGUAGACAGCGAUGGACUGUACAAGAUGAGUCGCCUCUAUGUCACUCCUGACGCCGCCUUCUUCCGAGUUCACAUCCUGGUUGUGGAUACUUUAAACUGCAGUAAACCGUGUCCAGACUUCAAACUUGGCAGCAGGUACAUGGUGAUGGGGCACGUCUACCACAAGCGCUGGCAGGUGCCCGCCGAGCUGCUGCCGGCCCUGCGCGGGCGGCUGCGGCCGGGGGAUGGCUGGGUCGGGAGCAGCAGCGGCUACGUGAGGAGAUUCAACAGGAAAAGGGAUCUCAGGGUGAGGGCAGCGCGCUCCAAGUGUCCAUAAGGCUCUGAGGGCUCCGUCCGGGAUGUGGGAGCGGCGGGAUCCACCCCGGCCGUGAGCAGCGCUCCCGUCUGGAACCGCAAUCCAACACCCGCUUUUGUGCUUUAGCAAACACGGGGAGCCUCCAGCAGGCACCCUUGGUGAGGCUCAGCACAGGAGUCAGCCCAGGGAAUGUUAACUGGCCGGGAAUUUGCUCCAGCUGCUUUCAGAGCCACGGGAUAUUGUUGCUUCCCCUGCUGCAGUGUGCCCUGAAUUAUCUGUAGUGACUGUGAUGCAAAAUUCUGGCAGCUUCAUCCUCGGUACACGACAACUGCACUUUGAACGCUUCACCUUGAACAGAUAAGAUGAUACCACAGCUUUAUCUACACAGGAUGUUCACUGUGCUUUCGCAGUUCUGCCUAAAGUAUCAAAUGCAUUUGAUUUCAGAGAAACCAACACCAUUAAGUACCAUUUGUAUUAUUUUUGUCUCCUCAACCAUGUCCAUGGUAUUUCUGAAAAUUGCACCAUUCUUCCAGCAGAGCUGGGUGUUCACACAAAGCAUGCAGAAUAGAGUAUAAUAAUUUGAGUAUAUGAACACGCUGACUGAAAGAAGAACCAAGAACUGCAAAACACAAAUGCCCGGUUGCAUUUACAAGUGACGGUGCAGGGAAUGCAAAAUGAGCACAGGCUGCACACACCGGGUGUGCCCGGGCACUUUGUCCCAGAGCUGUGCUGAAUGCCAUUCCCCAGGAGAAAUAUUGCCAAGCUUGUACUUGCACAAGAGUAAAGUUACUUUUUAAAUCAAAAAGACAAUAUUUUAGUACCUUUAACGUGGUGAAAUUGAGAUGUUUGUUCCCAGUCAGUAUUCACAGAUAAUACCUCUGUAAAAUAAACUAAUAAAAUG